ACACCUCCGCCCCUGGAUUGGUUCAUUGAACCUGGACACCUUCGUGUCGUCAUUCACUGGUCGUCUCUCUGCUUUGCCUUUGCGGCUUCCCGCCUAUAUAAAGAGAGAUCCAAGGUUCAGGCCAAACCAAGCCUGAAACUCUGGAAGCCUUGAAGAAUAAUCUUUAAGCAUAUACUAGUAACGUUGUGCAUUGUCGUGCCCAACACAUACACAGCCAUGAUGACGAGGAAGGCGACCGUGGACGCCAGGGAGGCGGAGGAGAUCAGGCGGAGGAACGCUGAGCUCGAGAGGGCGGUGGCGGAGGCGGCGGCGAGGGAGGAGCGGCUGCGGCGGGAGCUGGAGGCGGCGCUGGCGCGGCUGGCCGUGGCCGAGGAGGGCGAGGAGAGGCUGUGCGUGCAGCUGGGCGAGCUGGAGGCCGAGGCCGUGACGCAGGCCGUCGAGUACCGGGAGCACGUCAGGGCGCUCUCCGAGCGGCUCGCCUUCGCCGACGGUGUGCUCAGGAACUCCGGGAUCGCCGCCGGCGUCGGGAGCAGUGGUUGAUCCAGCGACAUGACCGGUACAGCAGCAUCGCUCGGCGAACUCUGGUUGCUCGUGACGGAUCUCGUGUAAGUUGUAAAUGUUUUUCUUUUCCCGAAUCACGUUGAUUCGUGUGCGACGAUGUAUGUAGACUGUGUGGGGUUGUAAAAUUAGCUUGAGAUGAUAUUGAAGAGAUCAGCCGCUACUGGUUGUUCUGGUUGGCUGGUUUCAUCAUUA